AUGACUUUCUGCUUACAGAGAGAUCUGUGGGCUCUGGCCCAUGCGCUCCGCCACGCGCAUCGUGGGUGGCGUUGAUGUCCAGCCAGGAGACGGAGCCUGGGCUGGGAUAGUCAGCAUUCGGGAUAUCUUGACAGAAAAGUGGACUAGGCACGUCUGUGGAGGGACCCUCAUCAGGCCGAAGUGGGUCCUCACAGCUGCCCACUGCUUCGUGAACCGCACAAAUCCCUACAGCGAGUGGGCUGUGGUGGCUGGGGCCACCAGGAUUGGUGAGAUGGGUCCUUACGUGCAAGUGCGUCGGAUCAAGAAUGUGCACAUUCACGAGCUCUACGAUGGCUAUAUCCUUUAUGACAUCGCUGUGGUGGAAUUGCAGCAGCCCAUGGAGUGCACCCCCUCCAUUCAGCUCGCUUGUCUGCCGGGUCCCACCGUCAGGGUGUCGCGUCAGCACUGCUACAUCGCUGGCUGGGGUGACACCUAUGCAAAAACUGUAGGUCCACAACCAGUUGUCCUGAAGCAGAGUGGGGUACUCCUCAUUGAUACCCAGCUUUGCAACAGCAGCGAUUGGUAUGGAGGGAGAAUCCAAGACUACAAUUUGUGUGGUGGUUACCCAGAGGGUGGCAUGAGCACCUGCCAGGGUGACAGCGGGGGGCCUCUCAUCUGCCAAGACAGCAAAGAGAACUUCUUCUGGGAAGUUGGUCUGACCAGCUGGGCAAUAGGUUGUGCCAGACCCAAAAAUCCUUCAGUCUUUAUCUCCACUCAGUACUUCUACAACUGGAUCAUGGGAAAAAUAGGCCAUAGCUCGGGAGCAGCACCUACUCCAGCACCCUGUCCGUUCCCACGUAAGAAGCUGCUGCAAUUCUUUGAUCUGCUGCAGGAGCUCUUGAAGUUCCUAAAGGCAAAACCGGCUUGA